AUGGAGGGAAAACCAACAACAACAACAGCUUCGCACCGGCUACUGCCCACUGGUGCGAGCCACAGCUCAUCGCCUCGGCCUGGUCGAAGACCCGACCUGCCGAGCCUGCGGCGAGGAGGAGGAGGACGUGGAGCACCUCCUGGCCGGGUGCCCUGCACACGUGGCGGCGAGGGCCGGCUUCUGGGGGCACUGUCCGACCCUGGCGGAAGUGCUCUCGGGGCCGGCCCAACACAUCAUCAGUUAUCUGAAGAGAGUGGGGCGGGUGCAGGUCGCCACCGACCCGCCCCCGCCGGCCGCGCCUUAAGGCGCGGUCCGCGACCGCGCAGAAGAGAGAAGAGAGAGGACGGUGCGCGCCUGGCGCCGCUCGUAGAUCCCAGCCUGGAGAGGAUCCGAGCCGCCGCCGACCGCGACCCCGAGUACGAGUCCCUGCGAGAGACAAUUCUGCACGGAUUCCCAGAGCACCGGCACGAGGUGCCCCCCGCUGUUCGACCGUACUGGAGCGUGCGGGGCAUGCUGGCGCUGGACGGUGGCCUGAUCGUGUACGGCCCCCGGCUGGUAAUCCCUGCCCGCCUCCGACGAGACAUCCUCGACCGCCUGCACCAGUCGCACCAGGGCAUCGAGAGAACAAAGCGCCGCGCCCGCCUCUGCGUGUACUGGCCGGGUAUCGACCGUGACGUCACCAACGUGGUGUCAUCCUGCCCGCGCUGCCGGCAGCUGGUGCCGAGCCACGCCAACGAGCCGCUGUGGCGGGAAGACGACCAGCCGAGCCGUGUGUUCGAGUCGGUCUCGGCGGACUAUUUUCAUGUCGCCGGCCGGACGUAUCUGGUGUAUGCAGACCGACUGUCCGGCUGGCCGUACGUGACCAUCUGCCCUCGGACUGCAUCGGCAGAGCAUCUGACCCGCGAGCUGCGCGCGCUGUUCGCCCAGACUGGAGUACCGACAGUUCUGCGCACGGACGGCGGACCGCAGUUCACGUCUGGAACUCUGCGCCGCUUCCUGGGCCGCUGGGAGGUGCGACACGAAAUAUCGUCCCCACACUACCCGAGGUCUAACGGCCACGCCGAGGCGGCCGUAAAAACAGUGAAAAAGCUCAUCAUCACGGCGUCCACUGGCGGCCGGCUGGAUGACGAGCAGCUGAGCCGGGGACUGCUGGAGCUAAGGAACACGCCGCGCGCGGACGGACGGUCUCCGGCGCAGGUGCUGUUCGGACACCCGAUCCGGUCGUGUGUGCCGACCCACCACCGUGCGUUCGCGCCCGAGUGGCAGCGCGCUGCUGCUGAGUGUGAGCUGAAGGCCGCUGUGAACCGGGAGGCGGCGACGACCCGCCAUGACGGGACGGCCCGUCCCCUGUCCCAGAUGCGCAUCGGCAGCCGUGUUGACAUCCAAGACAGUGACACCGGCCGCUGGGACCGCCCCAGUGUAGUGGUCGGUGUCGGGCAGCGCCGCACCUACCUGGUGAAGACGGGAAGCGGAAGAGUCCUCUGGCGGAAUCGGCGAUUCCUCCGUCCCUACCGGCCACUGCUUGAGACUGGAGGGCCACCCGCCGCUGAGCCGCCCCGCGCGGCCGCAGAUGGCGCAACGCCCGGCGAGUCCGUCCCCGCCACCGUCGGAGCAGCCGCACCGCGGCCGCCCCCGCUGCGCCGGAGCAGCCGUGCGCGCCAGCCCCCCGAUCGCUUGUCCGUGCGCUGGGGUGGUGUGACCUAUUCUCCGCAGUGA